UUAAUACAUAUUUGUUUAAUUUUUCAUUUUUGUUUUUUGACAUUUGUUAAGACCAAUUGUUGUUUUUGUAGAACUGACACCACCUUGUAUAAUUUCGCCUUGCUAUCACAGCUGUCAAAAACCUAAGUGGUGAGAAUGUGUUAGUAAAAAAAACUAUGAAAACAAAAACAAUGCUCGUGCAAUUUGUUUGUGUAUAGUAAUUUGUGCCCUGUAAGAAAAAUAACAAACUACGAAGAAAUUUAGUUUCGGCAGGAAAUUAAAAUAAAUAUCCCAAAGAAAAAUUUACUAAAAAUGUUAAAGAUUUUACCAUCUUCCAAUUUAAACCAGCCUAUAAAGACAAAAUGUGGGGAGAUAUUUUACGACAGCUGUACAGAUUUUACAAUUGAUUGUUGCUUUUGUGAAAUCAAACUAUUUUCUUUCGAUGAUUUUCUUUUGCACAUAAAAAAUAUACAUUUUGAAAAUAAUUUAAUCAAAAUCGAAACAAACACGAACGAUUAUAACGAAUCCUUAAAAGAACAGUUUGAGGAUGAUGCCAAUAAAGUGGUGUGGUAUAAGAAAGAAGAAGAAUCAUUUGAAAGUCUUGAUAUUUCCUGUGACUACAAUGAGGAUGAUCACAACUGUGGUAAUAUUGAAGAUGAUAGUUUUGCUGAAGAGGAUAAUGCCAGUCAUCUUUCCUGUGAAUACAAUGACGAUGAGCAAAGCUGUGGUAAUAUUGAAGAUGAUGACAGUAAAGUGGAGUUGUAUAAGAACGAAGAAGAACCAUUUGAAAGUCUUGAUCUUUCCUGUGACUACAAUGAGGAUGAGCAGAGCUGUGGUAAUAUUGAGGAUGAAGAUCUUUUAAAGGUGAUAAAUAGGAAAAAAAGAAGAGUAUCAAAGAAGACUAAAAAUAACCCCGCUAAUAAGAGAGUCGCAGAAGAAUUCAAAACUGAUGGGCUAAAAGAUGCAACAAUUGAAAAUAAUACACACUGUAAAGUUCAACUACAUCCCUGCCCAGAUUGCAAGCAACAAUUUUUACGUAUAGGAUAUCUGGAUAAGCAUGUUUUUGAACGUCAUAACGGUUACAAAUGCCCCAUGUGCGACCAACGAUUCCGUCACCGACAUCACAAGAGACGGCACAUUGAAAAUAUACAUAACCCGAAAAGGAAGGAAACAAGAAAUAGACAAAUGAGAGAAAAAACAAUACCUUGUCCCAUAGAAGGAUGUGGGCGAUUUGUUGUUGAUCAGGCACAUCUUAAUUACCAUCUUGAGAUACAUUCAAUUGAACGUGCUUUUGAAUGUGAUUUUAAAAAUUGUCGCAAAGCUUUUCCAACUGCCCAGCGGCUAAAGAUCCACAAAUAUACACAUAAAAAAAAAUUAAAAAAUUAUGUUUGUGAGACUUGCGGCCAGAGUUGUCUCAGUUUUAUGGCAUUGCAGAUACACCAGCGUGUACACACGGGAGAAAAGCCUUUCGCAUGUCAAAUCUGCAACAAAAGUUUUUCCUCGGAAACUAAUUUGAAUACUCAUAUGAUUUCCCAUUCCAGCACACGCCCAUAUGAGUGUGAGGUUUGUCACGCUACGUUCGCAAAAGUGGGUAUAUUACGACGGCAUAGUUUUAUACAUUCCGAAGAGAAAAUGUUUAAAUGCAAAUUGUGUGAUAAAGCAUUCAAACAGCCACAUGGCUUGUAUGGCCAUAUGAGUCGUUUGCAUAUGGAACCUAAAUCUAACAAAGCUAAAGCCCUAGACAGAAAUGUUACAAAUAUUUAACAUUUUAGAAUAUAUGUUGCUGUAGAAACAAACCACUUAUCCUGUAAAUUUAUUUAUUUUUGUAGUGUGUCAACUUUUAAAACGAAAACUAUUGUGAUUUUACAAUUUCUAUUGCACUUGCCCUGUAAAUUUAUUUUUGGAGUGUGGCAACGUUUAAAACGAAAACUAUUGUGAUUGUUUUAUUACAGUAAUUUGUAAACAAACAGAUAUUUACACCAGAGACCUGUGCCGUUUCUGCAGCAAACCGGCUGAGCUGGGCCGCCGAAGAUAUUCAACAGCCGCCGCUGAGCAAUUUUCGGUAGUUGGCCUUAUAUGGUAGCUGACUAAUUAUGGACCGAUCAUAAUAAAAUUUGGUGACAUGAAUGCGUAUAUAUAAAACUUAUUUAGAGCGAAAUUUGUGUAGAUACCUAUAUAAAUUAAACUUUUCUGACCGAUAAAGACCAAAUUCGGGAGGACAAUUGUAUGAAGGCUAGGUGAAGUAAUGGACCGAUUUCAGUAAGUUUUAAUAGGACAGACAUCAUCGUUUGAUCGACUCAGAAAUUGUUUGGUAUACUUUAGGCUGGAUGUUAGACUAAUAUUUUUGGACAUUACAAACAU